AUGAAGACCACACUCUUUGUCACUCUCCUCUCGGCCACUGCCUCCCUCGUCAGUGCCGGCAUCGUCAUCACGCCCGUCUGGGCCAACCAGAUUGUCGAGAAGCUCUCGGGAGACUGCCCGUUCGGUGAGGUUACGCCCCAGGGCUGUGGACCCAAGCGUGGAUGA